GUGCCCAUCCACCACCACCACCAACCAUUCCACACCUCUACACCGACGCCGACGCCGCGCGCAUCGAAUAGCGCUCUUCCCCUCUUGCCCUCUUCUCCUCCCCUCCUCCUCACACUCUCUCCCGUCCCGUCCCGCGGUCACCGCGUUUGCCCGCCAUGGACGCUUCGGCGACGUGCUACACCAUCAUCCACGAUGACCUUCUCGACGCGCCCUCGUCCCAGGACCUCCGCAACGCCCUCCAGAAGGGCUCGGACGAGGUCAAGCUCGAGACUAUGCGCCGCAUCAUCGUCGGCACCCUCAACGGCCAGAGCCAUCCCACGCUGCUCAUGCCAAUCAUCCAAUAUGUCAUGCCGUCGCGCAACAAGCAGCUCAAGAAGCUGCUCCACUUCUACUGGGAAAUCUGCCCCAAGUUCGACGACAACGGCAAGCUUAAGCAGGAGAUGAUCCUGGUGUGCAAUGCUAUCCGUAACGAUCUCCAGCACCCGAACGAGUAUAUCCGCGGCGCGACGCUGCGUUUCCUCCAGAAGAUCCGCGAGGCCGAACUUCUUGAGCCCCUUAUCCCGACAGUGCGCUCGUGCUUGGAACACCGUCACUCGUUUGUUCGCAAGAACGCCGUGUUUACGGUCUACACGAUCUACCAGGACCACGAGCACCUCAUCCCCGAUGCGCCCGAGCUGCUCGACACGUUCCUUGUCGCAGAGUCGGACGCAACGUGCAAGCGCAACGCGUUUGUGUCGCUGUGCAACAUUUCGCAGCCCACUGCCGUGCGCUACCUACUCUCGAUGGCCGACCAGAUUGCCGGCAUGGACGAGCUCAUGCAGAUGGCCGUCAUCGAGCUUAUCCGCAAGGAGGCCCGCAAGGAGGGCGGGCACCGCGCCCGCUGGAUCCGCGCCAUCUUUGAGCUCCUCAACUCGCCUAGCCACGCGAUCAAGUACGAGGCGGCCACCAGCUUGACAACCCUCACCCAGAACCCCGCGGCCAUCAAGGCCGCCGCUGCUGCGUUCGCCGAGCUGAUUGUGAAGGAGGCCGACAACAACGUCAAGCUCAUCGUCCUGGACCGCUUCGAUGCCCUUCGUUCCAAGCACGAGCAUGUUCUUGACUCCAUGGUCAUGGACAUCCUCAAGGUGCUAAACAGCCCCGACAUGGAGGUCAAGCGCAAGGCCAUCGGCAUCGCGCUUCAGAUGGUGACGAGCCGCAACGUUGAGGACGUCGUGCUGUUCCUGAAGAAGCAGCUGCAGUCCACCUUGGACGGCGACUUUGACAAGAACAUCGAGUAUCGCCAGCUGCUCAUUCAGAGCAUCCACUCGUGCGCUAUCAAGUUCUCCGAGGUCGCUGCCAACGUCGUCUACGUUCUCAUGGACUUCCUCGGCGACUCCAACAACCCCUCGGCCGUCGACGUCAUUUCGUUUGUGCGCGAGGUUGUUGAGAAGUUCCCAGAUCUCCGCCCCACCAUCACCGAGAAGCUUGUGCAGACCUUCUCCGAGAUCAAAUCGGGCAAGGUGUUCAGAGGAGCCAUGUGGAUUGUUGGCGAGUACUGUACGGGCGCGACGGACAUCAAGCGCGCAUUGUUCGAGCUGCGCAAGGUGAUUGGCGAGAUCCCUAUCUUGGCGUCCGAGCAGCGGCUACUGGACGAGGCUGAAGCGGCCGACGAGGCGGCAGGCGUCCCGGAGAAGGAGGAAGCACCGAAGGCGGUCACCACAACCCGUGUUCUUGCCGACGGGACAUACGCGACGGAGACUGUGUACACAUCGACUGCGGCUGCGGCGCGCCUGGAGCAGGUUCGCGCUGCAGCCAAACCACCACUGCGUGCGCUCAUUCUCGGCGGCGACUUCUUCACAGCCACCGUUCUCGCCUCCACGCUCACCAAGCUGGUGCUGCGGUUCUCCGAUCUCAACGCCGAUGCGCAGACCCUCAACACGCUGCGUGCCGAGGCGAUCCUGAUCAUGACGUCCAUCAUCCGAGUGGGCCAGUCCAAGUUUGUGUCAGCGCCCAUUGACGAGGACUCGCAGGAGCGGAUCAUGAACUGCAUCGAGUCGUUGGCAGAGCUGCAGAACUCGAAGGCGGUCCACGAAAUCUUCUUGUCCGACACGCAGGCAGCGUACGCCAAGAUGCUGGCAGCCGAGGAGAAGAAGGCCAAGGCCAAGAAGGCGCUAGAGUCGAAGAAGGCGCAGGUGCAGGCCGACGACCUCAUUCAGUUCUCACAGCUUGUGACAAAGCGUAACACUGAUGAGGACGACUUUGAGGCCGACGUUGUGCGUGCAACUGGCGCUGCGGAGGUCAAGGAUGACUUUGUGUCCAAGCUCGCACGGAUAGUGCAGCUCACGGGUUUCUCGGACCCAGUGUAUGCUGAGGCUGUUGUCAACAUCCAGCAGUUCGACAUCAUGCUCGAUGUCCUUAUCGUCAACCAGACGAACGAGACGAUGCAGAACCUCACGAUUGAGUUUGCUACGCUGGGCGACCUCAAGCUCGUUGAGCGGCCAGCACCAUACACGCUCGCGCCGCACGGGUUCCACAACAUCAAGGCGACGAUCAAGGUGUCGUCGACCGAGACGGGUGUCAUCUUCGGCAACAUUGUGUACGACAAGCAGGGCGCAUCUGACGCGAGCGUCAACAUUGUCCUCAACGACGUCCACGUCGACAUCAUGGACUACAUCAAGCCGGCGUACUGCAACGAGGCGCAGUUCCGGAGCAUGUGGACCGAGUUUGAAUGGGAGAACAAGGUCAACGUCAACACGCAGAUUUCGGACCUGCGCGCAUACCUCGACCACAUUAUGAAGAGCACCAACAUGGCGUGCCUCACGCCGGACGCGUCGCUGUCGGGCAACUGCGAUUUCCUGAGCGCCAACCUGUGUGCGCGCUCGCUGUUCGGCGAGGACGCGCUGGCCAACCUCUCGAUCGAGAAGACGGAGGACGGUGCGAUUCAGGGCCACGUGCGGAUCCGCUCAAAGACGCAGGGCAUUGCGCUGUCCCUCGGCGACCGCAUUACGCUGUUGCAAAAGACGCUCAAGACAUAGGAGCUAGAUGUACU